AUGUCAACUAAUAAAAAGAAUUCCAGAAAAUUAAGAGGUCACGUAUCACACGGACACGGUAGAGUAGGAAAGCACAGAAAGCAUCCAGGAGGUAGAGGUAAGGCAGGAGGUCUUACCCACCACAGAACGCUGUUCCAGAGGUAUCACCCAGAUUUCUUUGGAAAGAGAGGUAUGAACAUUUACUUCAGAAGAUACAACAGCAGUUACGCACCAUACAUUGAGGUUGGUAACAUAUGGGGAUUAGUGGACAAGUGCGGACAGUAUGAUCAGUUUGCAAACGACUCCACACAGGUACCAGUUGUGAACUUGUCUGAGUUUGGAAUAUUCAAAGUAAUUGGAAAGGGUGACUCCCCUAUUAGACCAAUUGUUGUGAAGGCAAGAAGAUUUACUCCAGAGGCAGAAGAGAAGAUAGUUAAGGCAGGAGGACAGUGCAUUCUAACCGUUUAGAUUAGCACUUAUCAAACGCUAAACCCAAACCAUCUAAUAAAUAAGAACUUAAUACCGACC